GGAGGAUUUCACGUCGAUCGUUUUAUUGCCUGUUUUGUUUUGUUAGAAAACGGCGCAUAGUUCAGCACUUGACGCGAUGUUGCCAAACAAAGCAAGCGGGCACACGUCUCGGAAUGCAACUAGCCGGCGCAGCGGCUAUUGACGCGAUGUCAUCGAUUCCCGGCGACUUCCCCGCCCCAAUCUCCCGAGUCCACGCCCCAUAGAGCGCACGCCCUGGCCACGCCACGCCACGCCGCCCGCCGCGCCCCGCACCCCGCCCGCACGUCGUGCCGCGACGAUGUCAUCCGGACGCCCGUCUGAACCCGCCAUGAACGCCGGCGCAACGCCCGCGGCGUCGUCCCCUCCCAGAUCGAAGAAGCGGCCGUCCCGCAUGGGCGACGGCAACUCGAGCCCAAACCCUAGCCCCCGCGGCUCCCCCGCCCGCAGGAGCGAGCUAAAGCGCAGGCGCCGCACAUCCGCCGAGUCCGCCGCGCUCGCGCUCGCCACGGUCGCCGCGCGCGCGUCCGCGGCCGGCGUCCGCUCCGACGCGGGCGACGGCGCCGUCGAGAGGCGCAGACGCCCGCGCACCCGCGCUGAAGGAGGCGAUGGGGCCAUCCGGAUGCUCGGAGCCGCCGCCGCCCGCGUCGGCGGAGGCCGCGGCGCCGCCCAGAAACACUGGAGCGACGACGACGAGUUCACGCUCCUCACCGCCGCCGUUGCCUUCCGCGACCGCAACGGCCGGGCACCGCGCCUCCCGGACAUGGCCGAGCUGUUCGAGUCCAUUAGGGAGUCCAUCUCCCCGCACAUCGACCAGUUCAUGGUGUACUACAAGAUCAAGCGCCUCAAGAGCAAGUUCCAGCACUCCGCCGGCCCGCGCGACCGUCGCCUGCGCGACUUGUGCUCCGUCCUAUGGGGUGUCGGCGUCGUGGCCUCUUCCGAGGACGACUCGGACGUCGGCGAGCGACGCACUGUCCCGGAUGCGGCAGCCAUGAUGCCGGUGGUCACCGAGGUGCUCGGCGAGUACUGGAAAACGAAUGAGCGAGCCAUGGCAGGGGUGUCCCUUGAGAAGGGUCUGUCCCUACUGGGGAAAAAGGAGGGCAGACUCAUUGAAACCAAAUGGAGGCAGCAGCUUGAUCAAGAGAUGCAAUCUCAGAUGCGGCGGCAUGAUCUGGCUAAGGAAGUCUGCGGCUUGCUCACUGAUGCCAUCAAAGGCCUCGGCCCUUAGCUCGCCUUGCAUCUGAUUAAGGGUUGGGCCAAUUACAGCAUCAGUUCUUGAGAGAAAGCUGGAAGCCGAAAUUCCCCAUUUGCUGUAACAUUUUCUCAAAACUUACAACACAGUGACUCCUGUAACAAAACAGGAUGGCAAGAAUGUCAUGCUUAUUCUAGCUUGUUUAGUGAAACAGUGAUGUUCUAUUCAGCUGGCCUGUAUAAAAGGGCUAAGUUUCGGGCAAACCUAAUGUUGUUUUCAUUUGUUUACAUUUCUCAAGGCUAUGAUUUGUAUGCUCGGAUCCUCGUCCUCGUAGAAAUCCAGAAACGUAAGUUUGCCAUGA